AAAGUGUCAAAUUGUUGCAUAGUGUUACUUUAAUUUUCUUUACAUCUUUGUUAUCAGGUAUGAUUAUAGAUAACUCUGCUUUCCACUCUGCGUUAAGGUAUAUCGCACAGAUUGCUUCACAUUUCGGACAUGGAACCAACUAUAUUGCUAGCUGUAUUGCUAAUGCUAUAAUGUUAUCUAUUUUGUAAAAUUCAUCCACACUGCACUUUUCUUAUAAUUGUUCUACUUUUUAUAUCUUUUUAUACACAAUAAAGUUUCAGUUCGCAGAGCUCAGCCCUCGUAGGCUAUGUAUUAACUUGUGUGAAGGAGGAUUAUAGCAGGACACUAGGUCUCCUUCUUUCAGCCUUAGCACUCUGAAUGGUAAGAGCCUUUUGUGUCUGGCAGGUAAACUUAGGUCUAGGUUUCAUCCUACACCUAGUUACUUUGUACAUGAGACCAUAUCAAUAACAUUUACUUGCUACUAUAUAAUGUGAACUUUGUUUGAAAAACACAAUUUAUGGGGGGCACUGUGGCGCAAGCAGUAGCCCCGACCACAUUCGGGCUUGACGCCCAUGGAGGACAUGGGUUCGAAUCCGGCCCGAUGUCAUUUCUCCUGUCCACUCCCCAGCUCUUCUCCCUCUCAUUUUCCUGUCCCACUCUUAACUGCACUAUCGAUUAAAGGCACAAAAAGCCCAAAAAUAAAUCUUUAAAAAAAAAAAAAAACACAAUUUCUGUUUUACCCUAGUUUCCAGCAAGUGACCAGUUCGGAACUGACUUGUUCACAUCUGAGGACCAGAAGGACACGCCCCAACCCCAGGUGGACUCUUCGUUUCCAGCCGACAUUUUUAGCAGCACCACCACCUCUACUAGUUCUCUCGGUUCAAUGUCCCUUGGUCUCCCACCUACAGUUCCUCAAAUUGCCCCUUCCCUGUGGCCACAGGCAGGUGCCUCUAUAUUGCCUUUCCAGGGUGGUGUACCAUUUUCUGCACAGUCGACCCCUGCCUUUGGUGGUAUGCCCACCCCUUGGGGGACGCAUGGGCCCCCCCUGUUUGGAGCUUCAACUGGACCCCAGUCCUGGAGCCAGGCUACUCCCACAGGGUCCGCAGGUGCCUGGCCUCAGUCUACCCCCAUAGCCAAUCACUUUCAACAAGGCGCCUUGCCAGGCAUAGGGGUCAUGAUAAGAGGGCAGCAGCCAAUCUAUAUGCCCCCAAAACGUUUACCUCCUCCGCCACAUGUUAAAGAGGAACCUCCAGUGAUGAAGAAUGCCUUCAUGACUCUGGAUCCAUUUGGCGAGAAGGAGAAAAAGACAGGAAAAGAGAUGUUCAAGGAUUUCCAGAUGGCUAAGCCUCCUUCCACCCCAACUGAUAAAACUACAGAAGUUUCCACCCCUAAGAUCAGUGCCAAUGGAGACGAAGCAUUUGCUCAAUACUUCACCAACAGAGUAGGUGUACUUCAAGAGGUGGCAGACCAUGAUGACUUUGACAUCAGUCAGAUCUCAUCAAACGUCAACGAACAAUUCAAAGUAGCUCCUCAGCAGGUCAGUCCAGUAUCCUCCACCACGGCUCUUGUUUCAGCUCCUGGAAUUGUAGAAGUGUCUUUCACCCCCAGUCCACUCCCAAACUGCAACCCGGGUUCAACCUCAGCAUUAGAUCAAUUUAACCAUGCCUUUGGUACUGAUCCUUUUGGUGUAUCAUCUGAGAGCACAUUUGUCACCCAGACAUCAGAGAAGCCAAAUCCCUUUGAAGACCCCCUGGGGGAUCUCUUCAGCUGAGAAGCAUCAGCAUAAUGAUGUAACUUUCUGCUUGAUUUGAGAGAUCUGGAUUGAAGCUGGACAUCAGAUCAACAACCCCAUCACUGCCUUGGAUGUGUUAUUCAAUAUGUUAAAUGCUAACAAAGAAUCUGGGCGAGCGUAUACACACAAGUUAUUCUGAUGAUAUAAUACAAGAGCAUUCACAGGAGUAUUUGGAGGGCUGCAGGAUGAUAUAUGUCUCUUAGAUUUUGCCUUUUGCACCAGAGGAAAGGUUAAUUCCCUAAUUUUGUACCAGUAAACACACAAGUGUUCCAGAUUUGACUUUUUUUUUUACGAAGUAAGGAAAAUCUUCCUAUUCCAAGUAUCAGCAAGUAUAAUUUCAAUGUACCUGUUCAUUUUCUUGAGCUACUUCUUUCUACUAACAUAAAAUAUACUUUUUAAAGAUUAUUGUUCAUAUUUACUACACUUCUUAUUUCUUAUGUGGAGAUGUCUAUUUUAUCACAUAAUAUAUUGUCACAUAAUCGUUAACAUAAUCAUCACAUCAAUCAUAAUCUUUACAAAAUACAAAACUGCUCAAUAAAAAUGAUAAUGUUUACACAUA